AGUACAAAACAAAUUGGAUAAAAACUGCUUGAUAAUUGACACUUCCUUGUCACCGAUAACCCUCAAAACAUUCAGAAUUUUAGAGUGAAGAAUACUACGCACAUCUAGUCAAAAUAAUGGUCUAAAACACCGAGCUACAAAGCCGAAAAUGACAUUUUAUGAUAGCGAAAUGGUGAUUCCUGAUCUUCCGAGAUAUGAAGACGUUUUGAACGACUGUCCAGCAUUUCAACAGUCUCUGAAAUACUGGAGUAAUAAAGCUGGAGAGGUUUCUCCAGUUUUAUCUAAACUUGCAAGUGAUGUUGAGGCAUAUCAUGAUUCUGGCUCAAGACAUCAACAGUGUGGGCUUAAAUUGAGUGAUUCAUUGAACAAUGUUCUCAAGGUUUUUCAAGAUGAUCCAAAGAUAUGCGAGCCAAUAGCAAAGUUCUCUGAUGUUCUUCAAAGAAUUGAAUGUUACCGUGAUAUGCUAUUAAAUCAAACCCAUCUUUUAAUGUGGGAGCCAUUGGUCAAAUUGAGUCAAGAAUAUGAAAGAGCAAAAGAACUUAAUGCUGAAAUGAUAAAAGCAAGAGAAGUCAUGCACCUUGCUUGGGAGAAGUUCUCAAGCUGUCCUCAUGUCAACAACAUUCAAGAGCCUGGCUUACUGGACAAGCUGGCCCAUACAGUGUUUCAUACAAGACAACAUUACCAGAAAGUGUUAUUAAAAUAUGUUACUACUUUGAAGGAGAUUCACACUCUUAAAAAGGUUAUAGUAUUGCAAAAGGUUCUUGAGCAUAUGCUUGCACAGUUUUCAUUCUUCAAUUUUGGAUACCAGACAUUAAAAGAUGUGGAACCCUACAUGAAUGAAUUGUUCCAAGAAUUACAAGAAAAACAAGCAUCUAUAGAGACAUUACUAAAGACUGAAUUAGAAACUCAGCACACUUUGGAACGAGAAGUUGCAGUGCAGCAGCAAAGAGAUGCCCAGGCAUUUGGAGAACCUCAAACACCACUUAGUGCUGUUAAUAUGAACACACAAGCUGGCAAGCUUCUGAACAAAAUUGGCGAUUUAUUUCAAUCCACCGGCCUCACAGGGAAUCGCAAAUCUGCCAGAGGAGUUUCUUCUGCUGAUCAAGAAUGGGAAUUUAUCGACCCUCAAAAGUCGUCAUCCAGAGAGAGGUUGGAUGAAGAUCGACCAGAUAGACCAUCAUCAUUGCAAAACACGCCAGAGAAAAAGUCUACAAAGGCUAACGACAAAAGUACUCAUACUGCAAAGAAAGACGCUGCAUUGGAAAAAGAAGAAAACCAGGAGAAGGUCAUCGAUAUUGUACCUCAAGAUCUCAUUAGUCCUACAGCCGAUGAAAAAGAAACUCUUUCAGAGAAUCUAUUACCUGCACCUCUGGCUAGUCUAAAGAGUUUGGCCAAACCAUCACCACCAGUGAACGAGUAUAAAAAUUGUAAAUCAGGUUAUCUUAGAAUACGACAGAAGGGGUUUCCAAAGAGUAAAUGGCCACUCCUGUAUUUCAUUGUGGAUAAGAAAAAUGGUUGUUUAUUGGCCCAAGGACAAGAGCAGUCCCAACCAUCAACCUUAGAAAACCUUAUCUUAUGUACCGUGAAAAUCUGUGACGCUGGAGACGUAGACAGAAACUUUUGUUUUCAGCUUAUUUCAACGACCAGUGAGAGAGUGUUCCAGGCCAUGACCGAACAGGAGCUUCAGGGAUGGGUUUCUGCACUUCAGGAAGCAACUGCAGAUGCAUUACGGAAUUCCAAAGCAAAAUUACAGUCUCUCGCCAGGUCCAAUUUAGCAAGUAAUGCAGGACCUGUUAAGGAAGCCAGGUCUCUGGUUCUAAAUGCUGCAGAGAGAAUAAGAAAAGUCGACGGCAACAAAUACUGUGCCGAUUGCUCUUCCCCAAGGCCAGACUGGGCGAGUAUUAAUCUUGGUAUUACAGUUUGUAUCGAGUGUUCGGGAGUUCAUCGUAGUAUGGGGGUCCAUGUAUCAAAAGUACGAUCACUUACACUUGAUAAAUGGGAGGAUACGACGGUAGAGUUUAUGGAAGCCAUGGGAAACACUAAAUCRAACAUGRUCUUUGAAGGAGACUUGGGCGAUUACGUCAAACCUACAAGAGAUUCUUCUAAGGAAGAACGCCAAACCUUUAUCAGACUAAARUACGUUGACCAGAAGUUCUAUAAACAGCCUGCUUCGCCGGACCUGGACCCAGAAAUAGCUGACGUCAUGGCGAGAAGGCCUGGAGAGAGUGAACAGGAUUUGUUUGAUUUGUCAGGAGAGAUCUAUGACGAGGACGAACGAGACUUGAUGGGAUCCAGUCCCCUGUGUCUCGUCCAAGGUUGUGAGGAGUGUAAAACUCAUUCCUGCCACGACAAGUCUCAUGGUGGUCCUCAGCUGGUAGUGAGUGAUUCCGGCGAAGACGACGUGGACGAACCUGAGAGUCAAUGUUAGCCUUAUCAAAGACAUUAGUGCGGUACGCGCAAUCUGUGUUUUUAGGGGAUUUAAAGGGCCGAACCAUGAACACUUGCGCGCUUUUGUUUAUGUUUUGAAAAUUGAAAUUUGUCAUGAUAUCAACUAAUUUCUGUCACUAAAACCUGACCAACAUCUAAAAUAGUCAUUCGUGUGUAUUAUAGCAUACUACAUAUGUUAAAUAGCAUGAAAAGCAACAAUUACUUACAUGGAAAAUUGUGAUCCGAAUACAUCAUACUAUAGGUAAAUGAUUAUUUUAGAUGUUAGUCAAGUUUAACAUUGAUUUGUUCAAAAUAGCCAAAAUUUCCAAAAAAACGGCCGCCAUCUUGGAUUUUAGAAUAUGGACAGAGGGUAGUCUGGGCCCUAAUUUAAUCAAAAUCAAAUUAUCUCAUACAAUGGUCAACUAAUGACAUUGUCUACAAUUAGUAGUGUGGGUCCUUAUUCAAAUUCGCUACUGGGACAUCAGUCACAAUUAUAUGUAACCUUUCAAUUUCAAUUUUUCAAUUGGUAAGUUGAAUAUUUUAAUCAAAUUAGAGAUAUUGGCCACGGAAGCUGAUAUGAUGUACAAUAUGGAGUUCACUAAAAAAAAUAUUUAUUUGCUAUAUGAGGGUAAUGUAAUUGAGUAUAAACGCUAAAACUGUGCGAUAUGAGUAGUAGAAUACAUGCACUAAAUCCGUGAAAUAAAUAUUACUUAUUACUACUAAAUAGUGUUUAGAGUGAAGUCAUCAAACCCGUGAAACAAAAUUGACUUUUAAAGUGUGGUAGUCCAAUAGACACAAAAGAAAACAAUGAAAUCAGAUCGUGCUAAGUGAGAGGAGACGCCGAGCGUCUGUCAUGGACAGUAGCUGAAAAUCCUGAUAACAAUAUUAGCGGAUAAAAAUCUCUCCUUUCUUGUGGCAGGGCCUAAAAUAUUGCCAAACAUUGCACACUUUUAAUGUCUGUGCUUAGUGAUGUGGGGUUUCAACUUGUAUAAAUCAAUUUAAAGCUAUAUUUUAAAUGGUUAAAAUAAAAAUAUUCGCAACGUCA